ACGACGUGUGCAUGUUUUCUGCUAUACAUGUUGUUACUAGUUAUUUGUGGAAUGUGAAUGCAUUCUGUCGCUUCGGAUGUCAAGACAUGAAAGUGAAUGUUCGUAUAAAACAUAAUGAAUGUGUUUGAGAGGAUAAUACAACAGUUACAAUCUGUAUAUUGGUCUGUUAUAUCCUGUUUGUUGCAUGACAACAGUCCAAGUCGAACCACCAACGAGAGUUUUGCUUGACAACGGUAAAAUAAUAUGCCCAAACGGCCGCGGGAAAAUAUUUUAAUGUCAGGUGAUUAAGUCGAUAAAAAUCAAUAAAUACUAAAGUAGCCAUAUAUAGUCAUUAUUGGUAACCUGUUGUAUAAGUGGAACAAACCCAUCCGGGCUGUCCCGUUAUUGGAAAAUAACGUAUCGGUGGCAGUAUGGAGUUACAGAAGUUAGGACAGAUGGAGUGACAACGACGUCUAUUUUUCAUACGUCAGCGGACUAAUUUGCCUAAUCGUCGCGGGACUUUAGACCGUGGUGGAAACGCAGGACAAUGGGCUGAAGUUACCUUUUACAGUAGGCCUAUUCUAGCAAAUUUGGGCCAUUGUUUGCCGGCACUGAUAGAAAUCGCGGAAGCACUGAAAAAAUAACCACUGGAGGAUGACAAGGACAUUUUUUCCUACAUAACUAGGUACAUGUUGUUACCGAUAUUUUUUUUAUAUAGUUGGAAAUCUGUUUACGUGAUCUAGCUAACGUUAGCUGGAACAUUACUGCACGAUAUAUUAUUAAUAUUAAUAAUUAGUUGGCCAUGAACAUGGUCUGACAGGUAAUAAGAAUUUCAUAGGCCCUAUUCGUGGAAGGGCGUAGUCCUUUUCACAUUACAUUGAUACACUUUGCCCAUGCCAACCCCACUUAACCCGAUGACUUGUUAUACUUGUUCUGCUGCGCACACACGCACAUCAAUUAGUUCUUAUGAAAGGAACUCAAUUUGCAUAGGCCUCAUAAUCUUGUACACAAACAGCAGUGAAAGCUGAUCAUCAAGAUCACACAAAAUAAUGUUUAUUGAUGAAACUGGGAUAUAUAGGCAAACAGAUGAUAAUAGUGAAUACAUAAGUGAAGUACACUAGAACCUCAGAGGUACUGAGCCCUUGAGAAAGGGGGUCAUUCAGAACUCUGAAAUGUUCAUGCAUUUGAAUGUGAAUCAAAAUACACCUGUUUUAAUUUCAAUAAUAAUUUAUUGGAAUGGUUACUGCUAUUACGCUAGAUUUAUAGAGGCUCAGAAUAUAAGAAAUGUGUUUUAUACAUUAAAAAUAAUAAUCAAACAAACGUAGAAGGGGAUAUCAUUAGAACCUUAUUUUCUUCCUGCAUCAGAUUUCCAUAAGAGGCAUAAUAAUAACUGACCUAUAGCUGACAGUUACUUGUGGAAAAUGCUCCCCAUCUUGCAUUCUGAAAACUUUAAACAUUACAAACUGUCAAUUGAUAUAAUGGAGAAUGGACAUAUUAAUGGUGAAUGUAUUUUUUAGAUCACUGUGUGGAAUAUGAACAGUAAAGACCAUUAAAACUGAGAUUGCUGUGUGUAGCUGUGUUCUACUGCAAUAUCACAGUAACAAUUUGCUUUCACCAACAACUAUCAACAAGCUGUAGGUGCAAUUUGAAGAAUUCAAACUUCAGAAGAUGAUAGGGUGGUGAGCGACUGUGCUGUCCUGAAUAGGGUAGGAAGUGUGUUCUGCCACUAGGUGGAAUACACUUCCUGUCAAAAGUGACACGCUCGCACGUUGCUUGCAGUGUGAGUGAACUUAUGUGAUGAUAAUAAUAAUGAUAAUAACAACAACAAUAAUAAUAGGAACGUUUGAUUUGAAACAGGGAUAUUUUUAAUUAUUCAAGAAACAAAGAUGUGUCUGUCAGCUGAACUGAAAUGGCAUCACUUAUUCAGACACAUAUGCCGCUCAAACAUUCGUCUCUGGUUUGGACGUUGCAAAAUAGACAGACAAAAGAAGAAGUCAGAACCCAAAGUGUCAAACUGAACGGGGGCCAUCUUCCUCCUGGCCUCUUCAGGCCCCGCCCUCACUGGCGGCAUCAGUGACUCCUGUGAGUUACACAGCUGGAGGCAGCUCUUCCUUCCAGCAUCUUUCUGGAAGCGCUGAGUGUGCGCAGGGGCAAGAGAGAGAGAGAGAGAGAGAGAGGGAGGGAGGGAGAGAGAGAGAGAGAGAGAGUAACUCUUCACUAAAGGUGCUCAGCAGGAGGAACAGCAGUGAUGGGAGUCAGAGACACGCUGCACUCCUGGGGACUGGCUCUCCUCAUCCUGCCUGGUGUCCUUGGUGAUGACUGGGGUGUGUGGACCCCAAAGACACCAAUCUGCGCAGUGAGAGGGUCCACUGUGGUCAUCCCCUGUAACUAUUCAUAUCCCGAUAAAAACAUGACAGUGGAGAAUGUGAUAUGGUGUAAACCUGAGACGUGUUCUGAUUACCACGUUGAUAACGGAAGUGCAAAUGACGUCACAUCACAGUUUAAAGGCAGAGCAGAGUACCUGGGGGAUAAAAAGAACAACUGCACAUUAAAGAUUAAGGACUUGAGAUACGAGGACUCUGGGAGUUACUGGUUCAGAUUUGAAUCUCAGGGUAAAAAUAAAUGGACUGGUGAAGAAUUGAAAAUUGAAGUCACUGGGUUAAGAGUGAAUAUUACAUCAUCAAGAGGAAAUAAACCAAUAAUGGAGGGAGAUGAUGUGACUCUGAUAUGUGCCGCAAACAACUCUUGCAAUCUGAACCAAUCAGAACUUACCUUGUUGAAAAACAAGCAGCUCCACAUAUCCUCUCCACAUACGUUCAAAUCUAUUUCCAACCAACACUCUGGAAACUACUCCUGUGCUCUGAAGGACAACAAACAAACAUUUGAAGAAAUCAUUUUUGAUGUUCAAUAUCCCCCUCGAGAAACCUCAGUGUCAGUCAGUCCUAGGGAAGCAGAGGAGGGCAGUUCAGUGACACUGACCUGCAGCGGCGAUGCCAACCCACGAGUGCAGAACUACACCUGGUUUAAGAAUAAUAGAACUUUUCCCUCGAAGAAUGCAAUGACUUACACCAUCAGUAAUAUCAGCUCGAGGGACAGUGGACAGUAUCACUGUAUGGUCAGGAACGAGCAUGGAGCUCAUAACUCGACUGCAGUGUCCCUGUCUCUAGCAGUCAAGCCCAGUUCUCAGUUUCUAAUCGCUCUGGCAGUGGGGAUUGUAUUGACUGUCCUGGCUGUUGCUUUGGCAACCAUCAUUUAUUUCAAGAGGAGGAAAGCUGAGGGCCAAACAGAAGACCCUGGCAGUGCCAAGGGGGUUCAGGCCGCUGAUAAUGCCCGCACCAGAGAGCUCCGACCGCCAGGGCCCCCGAGCCCAGCUCUCUCAUCUCAGGAAGGAGAAGACGGCUACGCCUCCGUUCACUUCACAAAGAAGCAACCGAAGAGCAGGAGGAACGCAGAGGGCCAAACAGAAGACCCUGGCUGCGCCAAGGGGGUUCAGGCCGCUGAUAAUGCCCGCACCAGAGAGCUCCGACCGCCAGGGCCCCCGAGCCUGGCUCUCUCGUCUCAGGAAGAGGAAGUCUGCUACGCCGCCGUUCACUUCACAAAGAAGCAACCGAAGAGCAGGAGGAACGCAGAGGGCCAAACAGAAGACCCUGGCUGCGCCAAGGGGGUUCAGGCCGCUGAUAAUGCCCGCACCAGAGAGCUCCGACCGCCAGGGCCCCCGAGCCUGGCUCUCUCGUCUCAGGAAGAGGAAGUCUGCUACGCCGCCGUUCACUUCACAAAGAAGCAACCGAAGAGGUCAGCGCAACGGCCGGAGCAGCCAGAGGACGACGGCAGCAUCUACAGUGCGCUGAGACAUUAGGUUCUAGACGCCCCAACCCCCCCCCCCCCCACACCCACAGCGGGUGUGCAGUGCCGGGUGGUUUGGGCUCACAGGCGGCGGGUACGGCACAGUGGGGACGGGACCUCCCGUGUGUUUCCCUUAUUUUAUCUAUGAUACGCUUGACCGAAUGCCAUCUCACCAUCGACGCAGUGUGAACAGCCCAGGAUGCUCCCUCAUGGAAUACACUGCAGUAAACUGAAAUGAAAUAUAUUUUCAAGGUAUAGCAACAAUUUGUAACAUACAAUAUAUGGGCAAAUAUGCAAAUUACUAUUGCGUUCAGAAAUUGUAAUAUGUAUUUUUAGAUAUUUUCUGUGAAGUAUUUUUUUAUCAUAUUUUGCAAGAAGCCCACAUAUGGGUAUAUGUACUUGUAUACAUACAAACGUUUCUGUAAGGGUGGGGGUUAACGCCACAUGAAGAUAAUGUAACAAUAAAUGAAAGAAAGGCCAAAAGUGUUUAUUCCUCUCAUUACUCAUAAAACAAAAAAUAAUCAUGUUUAGUCAACAGAAUAAAAUACUGAAGUCCCUCUUGCCCAACAUUUUAUCUCAGUGGGCUGUAUGGUAGCAAGGAUGUAACAAGAGGAAUUAUGAUGCAGAGGUUUUUUAGGGACAUGAACGUUUCCUUAUCAGCAUUGUCAUUUCCUGCCUCAUUUCCUUGGUAAAACAAAAUUAGUGCAGUAUAAUUUUAGUAGAAACCUCAGCAGUACUCAGAAUACAUUGUGAAACAACACCUUUACAAAAUGAUUGACAAUUCUUCAUUUUAGGGCAGCAGUAUGUACAGCCUUUUGCUACAUUAUAUAUAUUAUAUUAUAUUUUUGCUAAAUUAUAUAUACUUAAAACAAUCUAGGAAUAUGUGUAGUUGGGAGAGUUGCAAUUGCAUUGCAUUCAUAUCAUUCAUGGAAGGAUUAAGGAAUAUGUACAAGGCUUACUCUGUUGGUGUAUAACGUGUUAACCAGCUUGUGAGCAGCAUUUGGCAGUUACAUUCAUUCUCCUGUGAUGGUGGGGAAAUGAACUUGGACUGUCUACGAAAUCCUGACAGUGGCAGGCAGUCAGCACGGCACGCGCAUCGACCGCAGUGUUUAUCAGAUGGAGUUUUAGCCGGUGGAAAUGUCCCGCUUUUUAUCACGCACCAGAAACUCACUUCGCCGCACGGGUGCCCGUUUUGUUGCCUGUGCCACCUGCCACUUGGGAGAGUUCCAUCGUAAGAAUGGCAUAGUUCAGCUGGUGGAGGUUUACGGGGUUUCUAAGUAUGGUCAGCAAUUUCCAAAUGGGGAGGAAAAAAAGGAAAACACUCACCUCACUCACAAGGACUGUGUUUCACUAGAUAAAAGUGAUUUUUAAAAAAAGAAAAUUAGGGGGUAACCGUGACAAGAAGGCACAGAGGAUUGUGCACUUUAUAAGUGAAUUGUCAGAUCAGGUGUUCACCUGAAUCGCAGCUUACAAUAUUAUUUUCAAUGUACACGCACUGGCCACGUGCCACUGGGACCCAGCUAUAGAUGCUAGCUGGUCUUUUUAAGGCAAGUGUUCUCUCAGGGUAGUAUUGAUGUUGGUGAAAGCCUGUCUACAGCUAUCCUUUCGGUGCUUACUCAUGACCGCAUUGCACCAGCAAAAGCUGUCUAGUGUGUUGGCAUUUUUUAGCCAAUAAAAUAUUGGGAGCUAUAAUCCAGUGUGCGGAUAUCCAUUAUCCUUCAAUCUUCACAUGUACUUUUAUCCUGCGCCUGGCCAAAGAACUGGUUGGAUGUGCAAACAGCUACUCUACUAUGCAUCCCGCAACAAACCAGACGGUUAAGAAACAGAUGUCGGUAAAGAAAAACAGGAACCUCUGCGAGAGCUAACCAAUGUGACUCAAUGUGACUGUUACACAAACAUUUAAGCGGAGG